UGCUGCUGAUAGGUUUGUGAGGGAGAGAAAACAGUAUUUAUUUGCGAGGAGCUCGACUCAUAGCACCAUCACAGCAAUGACAGAGCAGAGCUCCUCCUGCCGCUGCUGAAUGGAUUACCUACAAUUUCACCUCUCCCGGAUGGUUUUGAGCACAACCUCCUCAUAUUAUUAGUCUCCACUCCUCUCUGAGAGGAGCACUGCCUUUCUAUGAUUACAUGAUCACCUCACCAACGCCGCGGACACUGAUCGCUGAUCAUGUCAAUUGCAGUGAUUUGAGACCAGCUUUGACUUCAGAGUCACAUCACCGCUGCUGGGUGGACGCACAGCUCGUCAUCUGGAGAGGUUUUCUGCAACAAUUUGUUGCAAACAUUGUGAGGGGCGAAGUCAUGGUGCCUGCACCGCAUCGACUUCUUAUGGCACCGUGAGAACUUUCUUCCGGACUCCCCCCUUUUCCCCCUCUUUUUAUUUUAGAUGUUUGUCAGCGGGAUCGUACUUCUUUGGGAAAAUAUUCACCGUUUACCUUUUCAAUUAUGUUCACUUUUGCUGCCUUCUGCUACAUGCUGUCUCUGGUCCUCUGUGUGUCCCUGAUCUUCUUUGCAAUAUGGCACAUAACAGCUUUUGAUGAGCUCCAGGCUGACUUCAAGGUGCCGAUCGAUCAGGGAAAUCCGCUCCAUGCGAGGGAGAGACUGCGGAACAUCGAGAGGAUCUGCAACUUGCUGAGGAAGACCAACAAAGAUUUCAGACUGGGGCCAUGAAUCAUCAC